AUGCGUUCACGAUUACUCUGCGCUCUCCUGCUUUUGGGCUUGCCUCAUUUAGACGGAAAAGACCCAGAACUACCGCUAUGCCCAACCAAUAUACAAUUCUUUCCUCAAAAUCUUCCAAUGCAUUGCCGAAUGCCUACUGCUGCGGACUUACAAAAUAUUCAACAUUUACCGAAUCCCACUUUACCACCGUUCCCACCCCCGUUUUACCAAAGUCCUCUUCCUGGGCCAGGUAUGCCGGUGCCAGGGCCAGGUAUGCCGGUUCCUGGGCCGAUGCCGAUGCCUUUCCCUGGCGCGAUGCCGUUGCCAGGAGGAAUACCGAUGCCUAUGCCGGGUCUACCGGGACCGGCCCACAAGCUUCCCGUCAUAGUUAUGCCCUUUUAUUCCCCCGAUACGUCCUUCAAGAAGCCACAGCGGCCUCCCGUUAGACUGGAUCCUAGAAAAAAGUACCGCAUUAGAAAGAGACGCCCACGUAAGCAUCGACAUUUAUCCACCACAGACGAGAGCUCUGAAACAGAUACAUCUUCGAACGGAGUUACGGAUACAUCCGAAGACGAAGGAUGGUGGGCGAGAAGACACGGUACGAGCGGCAGACGAACGAAUAAACACAGGGAGAAGAGGCGCAGACAUCAAAGGCAAGAGUUACUGACCCCAGUGCUGCAAUACGUGACCAAGGACGGUUACGUGAUUUUCGAAAAAAAGAUCAGUAGGGGCGAGGCGACAGACUGGCUUCAAGUCAAAGCUGAGGAUAACGUCGAGGCCACAACUUAUUCCAAACAGGAGAUUGAUGAAUUUGUCGAUGUGGAAAAAGAAGAGGUAAAACAUGACAAAGAGAAGGCGGAAGUUAGAACUGAAAGAAAUUCACAGAAACAUCACAAGCGAAAAAAAUACAAAAUGUCAAAGAAAGUGGAGGAAUAG